GUCGAAAAGUUGUGUUUGGUCAGGAGUGCAGCGAACUGGUAUUUUGCCUCUCUGCUCCACUCUUCCUAAAACGGGGGCUUUCAGUACAUAAAAUAAAACAACAAUAGCACCUGCACCAAUUCCACCAUGAACAGCGCGCUAGACCCCGCACGGGCGCCGCAGUUUCUCGACUCGAUGCUGCGACGCAACCGCAUCGUCCUUAUCUCCGCCACCUACUGCCAGUUCUCCACGAAGCUGAAGAUGCUGUUUAUUGAGCUGAAGCACCGUUUCGUCUCGCUGGAGAUCGACAUCAUUCCGAACGGGCGUGAGGUGUUUCAGGAGGUGGUCGCGCGCACCGGCGUCCACACGGUGCCGCAGGUGUUUCUUAACGGCAAGUUUCUAGGCGGCUACGACGACGUUGUCGCGCUCUAUCGCAAAGGGGAGCUUUCAGAGACGCUGGAGAAGCGUUAA